AAGAAGGGCCCCCAAAGGACCAAAGGCAAAGUGGUUUUCUCUGACCCCAAAAUGCAGAGGUUUCUCUCUCUCCAGGUUGCCUCAAACCUCCCCAAGAAACUCUCUAACACCUCCACUUCCUCUUCACUUCUCCAUGCUCGCCGUUUCAUACCCUUCUAUUCUGCUAUCAAACCGAAUAACACAGCCCAAAACCAACUUCUCUGCUCUUUUCACCCAUUUCACCACCAGUCUCAUUCGCGGCAUAUUUUUUCAGGGAAAUCUUUUUAUGGGUUUCUCUCAAAGCCGGCGAUUGCAAAGCAUUUCUUGUUGGACUCCACAAAUAAUCUCUUGAGGGCCUCAAGCAAGACUAUUGCAGAUUGUAGAGUUCGGUUUGUUGGAGCUCAAUUUCACAGGCAGAGCUUUAGGUUCAACCCGAGUUUUGAUUCUCGUAGGCGUGGCUGGAGAUCAUGGUUUCAAGGAUUCACUGUUGAUGGUGUGGUUUAUGGCUUGAUUACGGCUAAUGUAGCUGUUUUUAUGUUAUGGCGUGUCGCAGAUCCUCAAUUUAUGAGGAAAAACUUUAUGAUCUCACUGGAUAAUAUUACAAGUGGACGACUGCAUGUGUUGAUAACUUCUGCAUUCAGUCAUAUUGAUGUUGGGCAUAUUGUUUCCAACAUGAUCGGAUUAUACUUCUUUGGAAUGAAUAUUGGAAGAGCUUUCGGACCUGAAUUUUUGCUUAAGUUGUAUCUUGCCGGGGCUCUUGGUGGUUCAAUAUUUUUCUUGGCACACAAAGCCUUUAUUGCCUCAUCAUCAAAGGGCCAACAUCUGUGGAAUCUGGACCCAUCGAAGACACCAGGAUUGGGGGCAAGUGGGGCUGUGAAUGCUAUCAUGCUGCUUGAUAUAUUCCUCUUUCCAAAAUCUACCCUCUAUUUUGAAUUUAUUAUCCCAGUCCCUGCCAUCUUACUGGGGAUCUUCCUAAUAGGAAAAGAUAUCUUGAGGAUAAUAGAGGGAGACAGCCAUAUAUCAGGAGCAGCACACUUGGGGGGUGCUGCAGUUGCAGCUAUAACCUGGGCUCGAAUUCGGAAAGGACGUUUCUAAAUCAUACCUAAGUUUGAAAAAGAUUUUUCUAAAUCGUACCACAAUUCUAUAAACUCCUUUCUCUGGUGCCAUUAUCGUUGGUUUUCCUUUUCUUGUGUUUAAAACUCCCCAUGAUUACUUGUAAUGUGAUAGGCUAGAAACGGUGGAAACGUGACUGCUUAUUAGGCCAGUCAGGUUUAGAGUUAGUGCAUGUUAGGAAAUGCAUCCAUUUUUCCUUUCUUACUCCAAAGGAAAUUUCAUGAAAAUAGCAUGUUUAGCAGCA